AUGAAGGUUGUAAAUCUUCGCAAGACUCACUACGAGGUGAUGGGUGUGGCCCCCGACGCUCCAGCAUCCGAGAUCAAGGCCGCCUACCGAACCCGGUUGUUGCUCACCCACCCGGAUAAACUCAACCAGCGGGAGACCCCCUCAAAGGUUGAUGCAUCCCAGGAAAUCGCAGAGCUCAAAGAGGCGUAUGCCGUGCUUCUACAUCCCGAGGAAAGGGCGCAGUACGACCGCGACUUGCAAAAGUCGGUGCAGAGAUUUGGGUUCAAUCUCAACGGGGACGGCCUUGACAUGUAUACUCUUGAAGACUUUACAGUCCAUGAGCCGAAGGGCGAUGAGGCGUACUUCUGGACCAAGGACUGCCCGCGGUGCACUGGCCAUGGCGGGUUUGUGCUUACAGAGGGGGACUUGGAAUCGUCGGGCACCGACGACGGGGAGGGCGGGUUCGACUUGAUUGUGCAGUGCAAUAUGUGCAGUUUGUGGUUGAAAGUGAAGUAUUUUGAGGAAGAAGAGUAG